AUGACGACGCCCGUCACUACAUCGCAGCGCCCGGCGCACGCCUUUUGCCUCACUAAGCGUCGGUCCUACACGUCGCCGCAUUUGGUGCGAACGCGCUCCAAGAACAACACGUUGUGCGGCACGGCGCCAACUGCAACGACCGCUUCACGCCUGACGCGCAAGACUCAGAGCUUCAGCGAAGGCUUGGAGCCGACCACAGGCGAACGUCUGACUGAAAUCGCCGUCUUUCUUGGAGGCUCGUGCAACCCCACAACCUGGAGGCAUGACGUCGCCAUGCCCAUGCUGGACGCUGCAAGCGUGCACUAUUUCAACCCACAGGUGGACGAGUGGUUCGAAGAACUCAUCCAGAUCGAGGCUAAAGCCAAAGAGACAGCGCAGAUUGUGCUCAUGGUCGUGGACGGCCUCACCAGGUCCAUCGUCUGCAUCAACGAAGCUGUCGAAUACAUUUGCAGAGGCAGGAAAGUCAUGCUCGUAGUCGACGACAUUGAAGAGGGCACGGAGGUUGCGGGAAAAGUGCUCUCCCAGACGGAGCUGGCUGAUCUCAAUGGUGCACGCCAGUGUCUACGUGAUCUAGCACACAGGAGAGGCGUUGGCUUGUUUCGUGACGUUGCAGCAGCGAUAGAGGGAUGCAUCGCUUACCUCACUCAGACCAGUACCUCAAAGUCUCGACCGGAGAUGCCGCGUCUUCGUAAACGCUCAUCGAUCGUACUGAACAGAUGGUCCGGCAAGCAUCGGCCUCAUCGCGUAACGUCGCGUUCGCACUCUUCACGACUGCUAAAGUCCAACAGCAGCGGCAGCAACCAGAGCAUUACAGACGACAGUGAACAGAGCAGCGAUUCACCCGGGGUAUCGUCUCCGUCACAGUCGAUCGUGAACCAAUUAGGCUGCCAGUUGUGUAGCGACUACACGGGCGGCUCCGUUUACCUAGGAGGCAACUUGACAGCGACGUCUUGGAGACAAAAAGUGGCGAUUCCGUUUCUUCGUAAGGCUGGUAUUCCAGUGUACGUCCCAUUCGCGGACUAUUUGCAGUUUGGGCUGUCGACCACAGCGGAGAAACACGUGCAGGCACUAUCCGAGCACUUCCGAGAGAUUGAAACGCAAAAGGCAACCGCAGAGCUCAUCUUGUUUGUAAUUCCGCGGAACUUGCGCUCGAUCGCCGCCAUGACCGAGGCAGUGGAACUUGUGUCGAGUCAUCAAGCCUUGUUGCUCGUCAUUGAGCCUGUGGAGGAAGGUUGCAUGGUGGAAGAAGGAGCGGCCAUCGCUGGUCGUGAAUUUAAAGACCUCGCUCGAGCACGGGCGUAUCUGCGGGAGAUGGCGGAACGGAAUGACGUUGCAGUCUUCGAGUCUGUCCCUCAUGCGGUCGAGAACAUUGUUGAGAGGUUAGAGUAG